AUGGCCGCUACCACAGAGCCCUAUUCUGUUGGGCCCCUACCACACAUAGUGUUCUAUGUUGGAUGCUUUAAAGUACUAGGCAGGGAUGUGGCUGUGGUGGUAACUGGUAGACAGCUGCUGUGCUCCUUGAUAUCUCAGUUCUUGGCUCCUCUUCCACUGCUGCUCUUUGACAUCAUUAACUGCAGGUAUUACCCCGCAGUGACUUGUCCUGGCAAACAAGAACUGAGACAGUUUAAAUACUGGCCAGCAAGGCUACGAGGAAAAUCUUCUAGAACCCUAGCAAGCUGGAAGUUUUUCGUCCUCAUUCUCUCCUCUACCCGGCCCUCCUUGCAUGCUGACAUUGAAGUAAGCUUAAUCUGGUGUGAUCGGGCAAGGAGAGACCUUCGCUGCCUACAGUCUGAUGUAAUUGUUUCCUGGGUGACAGCCCAUUCUAUUAGUGUACAUACAGAUGAGCAAGAAGUUCUUUCUCAUCAUUUUCCAGCUUUGUCUAACUUAAACCGCUUAGUCCAAUUUAAUUUUUCCUACCCUAGGUUGCUUGACAUUCUUGGCUUGAAGAAAAAUGAAAACCACUCCGAAGUGUCCCGGUUUGUCCUUCUGGGCCUGUCGUCUUCCUGGGAGCUGCAGUUAUUUCUCUUCUUGACGUUUUUACUGAUUUAUGUUGCUAUCGUCCUGGGAAACCUCUUGAUAGUGAUGGUGGUACAGGCUGACGCUCACCUGCUCCAGUCACCCAUGUACUAUUUCCUAAGCCAUCUGUCCUUCAUUGACCUAUGCUUGAGCUGCGUUGCCGUACCCAAAAUGCUAGGAGAUUUCCUACAGACGGAGAAGACAAUAUCUUUUUCAGGAUGCUUGGCCCAGAUCUUCUUUCUUCACUUUCUGGGAGCCAGUGAGAUGUUCCUGCUGACCGUUAUGGCCUACGAUAGGUACGUUGCCAUAUGCAAUCCUUUGCACUACAUGACUGUCAUGAAUAACCAUCUGCGCCAUCAGCUGGUGUUUGGCUGCUGGUGCGGGGGUUUUGUCCACUCUAUCACACAGGUCAUAGUUGUCAUCCAGCUGCCGUUUUGUGGUCCCAGUGAGCUGGACAACUUCUACUGUGAUGUCCCCCAGGUCAUCAAGCUGGCCUGCAUGGACACCUACUUGGUUGAGGUGCUGAUGGUCUCUAACAGCGGCAUAUUGUCUCUGGUCUGCUUCUUGGUCCUGCUCUUCUCCUACGCUCUCAUCUUGAUCACUCUGAGAACUCACCUCCAUCGAGGGCAGGGCAAGGCACUGUCCACCUGCGCCUCUCACCUGACAGUGGUCAGCCUGAUCUUUGUGCCCUGUGUAUUCAUCUACUUGAGGCCCUUCUGCACCUUCUCUGUGGAUAAAGUCUUUUCUGUGUUUUACACAGUGAUCACACCUAUGCUGAACCCCCUCAUUUACACACUCAGAAAUGCAGAUAUGAAGCAAGCCAUAGAAAGGCUGAGAAGGAAACAAGUGACAUCUCAUUGCUUUGUUAAAGGAUGA